ACCCAGCCUGCCCUACCUCUAUAUUACUGCACUUGCCGGUACUUCAUUUAUAGUGUGGUGGACUGGUGGUGGCAUCUGCAGCGAGAAUACCCGGUUGUGACGUCACGAUGGUUAAGUUUAUCGAAAGCCUGGAUGAAUUUAAUAAUGUGCUCACAACUGAACAGGGUCUUGUUGUGUUUGAUUUCACUGCCACAUGGUGUGGACCUUGCAGAGUGAUUGGGCCAGAGUUUGAAAGACUAAGUACAGUCUAUACUAACGCAAAGUUUUAUAAAGUUGACGUAGAUGAUGUUUCGGAUGUAGCAGAAAAAUGUGGAAUUAGGGCCAUGCCUACAUUCCAGUUUUACAAAAAUGGGAAAAAGGUUGCAGAAUUUUCUGGUGCUGAUAAACAAAAACUGGAAAAGAUAAUAGCUGAGCAUUGUUAAAGUCGCAUAGCAAAGAAUAUGAAGUGUGACCAUAAGAUCUACCCAAUGAACAACUUUUCAUCAAAAGUUGGUAGCAGGUUUACAAUGAAUACAGUAACAGUUGUUGAACACUUUUUCUUUGACAGCAUUGCUUAAGCAUAGGCGACCUCAAAACCACCCUCGUUCAAAAUUUUGUACCUCUGAUCUACAGUACUGUAGCAUUUUGUUAUGUGCUGCUGAAUACUAUGUUUCAAGAUUACUUGUGUCUGUAAACCUACAUUUGUCAAACUAUAUAUAUAUUUAAAAGUAACUAGUGUUCAUACAUCUUUCAAAAACAUCUGUACAUUAACCUUUCGGAGCUAUUGAAUAAUGGUCUUUACAUUUGUUUCUGCAAUUGUAAUAUUUUAAUAAACCUGCAUUUAAUUGUU